UGAGAUCAUGACCUGAGCUGAAAUCAAGAGCUGGAGGCUUAACUGACUGAGUCACCCAGGUGCCCCCACAUGUAUAUUUUUAAAAUAUGUGAGAAAAGGUAAUGACAUUACUAACUAUAGUUAACUAAAUUCAAAAGUAUUUACAAGAGUAAAGGAGAUAAUAUAUUUGAAAUUCUCAAGAAAUGGCCUAAAUAAAAUAUUAUUUCUUCAAUUCAGGACAUCUUUCUUCCCAACCUCCCUUCAGUUCAAGACAUUUUAAGAGUCUUCUUGUCAGCAUUCAAAACAGCACUAAUUAAAUGCCCUGUAUAGACUUUGUUUGGAUCGUGAUUCAAACAAACCAACAGUAAAAAACAUUUUGGAGAAAAAUGAGGAAUACCAAACACAGACUGAGUAUAAAGUAUAUCAAGGAAUUAUUGCUAAAUUUGCUGGUUUUAAUAGUGGUAUCGUAUUUAUAUUUUAAAAACUUUAUCUAUUAGAGAUGCUUGCUGAAGUAUUUAGAGGUAAAGAUAUAUGAUGUCUGGGAUUUGCUUUAAAAUACUCCAGAGGUAUUCAUGAAUUAUUCGUUGAAAGAAAACAAAAAUUUUUUUUAAAAAUCAUGGAAACACAUGGUGGCGCUGUAGGAUAAGAUGAAAUCAGUGCAUGGACAACACUGUGGGCUCCAUUAUUCAGGGAACAGAGAACAUCCAAGCCACUGAGAAGAGAGGGAGUAAAGGAUCUUCAUCUACUAAAGCUGCUGGAGAACUAUAUACUCUCCGAGGGGGGCGGGAUCUUAUUUUUUAAAGUUCAGCUUCAGCUUCCAAAAUUAGGGCUGAACUUAAAUUUUUCUACAAAAGAGGUUGCUGGAAGGAGCCAUGGAGAUCAAAGGGGUGCUCGCUCUGCAGAAAAGGCAAGUCCUGAUUCUCUUUGUUUUGCUGGGAUUAUCUCAGGCGGGUCCUGAAUCGGUGCGAUAUUCAGUGGCAGAGGAAACAGAAGUUGGUUCUUUUGUGGCAAAUCUUGCAAGGGAUCUAGGGCUUGGGGUGGAGGAGCUGUCCUCACGGGAGGCCCGGGUAGUGUCUGAUGAUAAUGAAAAGCACUUACAACUUGAUUUACUGACGGGGGAUUUGCUCCUAAAUGAGAAACUGGACCGAGAAGAGCUCUGUGGCUUCACCGAGCCGUGUGUGCUACAUUUUCAGAUGGUAUUGGAAAAUCCUUUAGAGUUUUUUCGGGGUGAGCUGCAUGUCAAAGACAUAAAUGAUCACUCCCCUAUGUUUCUAGACAAGGAAAUACUUAUUAAAAUAUCAGAAAGUACCAGUAGUGGAACCACAUUCCUAAUGGAGAGUGCCCAAGAUUUGGAUGUAGGAACCAACAGUCUCCAAAACUACACACUUAGCCCUAAUUCUCAUUUCUACAUUAAAAUUCGAGACAGUGGUGAUGGAAAGAUAUACCCAGAACUGGUCCUGGACAGAGCAUUAGAUCAUGAGGAGGAGCCUGAGCUCACAUUAACACUCAUAGCACUGGAUGGUGGAUCUCCACCCAGGACUGGAACAACUUUGGUUCUCAUCAAGGUCUUGGACAUCAAUGACAAUGCCCCUGAGUUUGCUCAGAGGCUCUAUGAAGUACAUGUCCUGGAGGACACACCUGCUGGCUCCUGGAUUAUCACCAUUUCUGCUAAGGAUAUGGAUUCAGGAAAUUAUGGGAAAAUAUCAUACACAUUUUUGCAUGCAUCAGAAGAUAUUCGUAAAACAUUUGAAAUCAAUCCAAUAUCUGGGGAGGUUCACUUGAGAUCAUGCCUGGAUUUUGAAGUAAUACAGUUCUACACUAUAAAUAUUCAGGCAACAGAUGGUGGAGGUCUUUCAGAAGAAUGCAGUCUUCUGGUUAAAGUAGUAGAUAUAAAUGAUAAUCCACCAGAAGUGACCAUCUCAUCAUUUACAAAGACAAUUCCAGAGAACGCCUCAGAGACUCUGGUUGCUCUUUUCAGCGUCCGAGACCAAGACGCUGGGGACAAUGGGAGGAUGGUUUGCUCUAUUCAAGACGAGCUCCCUUUUUUUCUGAAACCAACCUUCAAGAACUUUUUCACUCUAGUUUCGGAAAAAGCACUGGACAGAGAGACAAGAUCUGAGUACAACAUCACCAUCACGGUCACCGACUUGGGGACCCCCAGGCUGAAAACGCAGCACAACAUAACCGUGACGGUCUCCGACGUCAACGACAACGCCCCCGCCUUCAGCCAAACCACCUACACCCUGCGCGUCCGCGAGAACAACAGCCCCGCCCUGCACAUCGGCAGCGUGAGCGCCACGGACAGGGACUCGGGCGCCAACGCGCAGGUCACCUACUCGCUGCUGCCGCCCGCGGACCCGCAGCUGCCCCUGGCCUCCCUGGUGUCCAUCAACGCGGACAACGGGCAGCUGUUCGCGCUCAGGUCCCUGGAUUACGAGGCGCUGCAGGCGUUCGAGUUCGGCGUGCGCGCGGCCGACCGCGGCUCGCCCGCGCUCAGCAGCCAGGCGCGGGUGCGCGUGCUGGUGCUGGACGACAACGACAACGCGCCCUUCGUGCUGUACCCGCCGCAGAACGGCUCUGCGCCCUGCACCGAGCUGGUGCCCAGGGCGGCCGAGGCGGGCUACCUGGUGACCAAGGUGGUGGCGGUGGACGGCGACUCGGGCCAGAACGCCUGGCUGUCGUACCAGCUGCUCAAGGCCACGGAGCCCGGGCUGUUCGGCGUGUGGGCGCACAACGGCGAGGUGCGCACGGCCCGGCUGCUGAGCGAGCGCGACGCCGUCAAGCACAGGCUGGUGGUGCUGGUCAAGGACAAUGGCGAGCCGCCGCGCUCGGCCAGCGUCACGCUGCACGUGCUGCUGGUGGACGGCUUCUCGCAGCCCUACCUGCCGCUCCCGGAGGUGGCGGCGGCCGAGGCGCGGGCCGACCCGCUCACCGUCUACUUGGUCGUCGCCUUGGCGUCCGUGUCGUCGCUCUUCCUGUUCUCGGUGCUGGUGUUCGUGGCGGUGCGGCUGUGCAGGCGGAGCCGGGCGGCGUCUGCGGGUCGCUGCUCGGGGCCCGAGGGCCAUUUUCCGGGCCACUUGGUGGACGUCAGCGGCACGGGGACCUUGUCGCAGAGCUACCAGUAUGAGGUGUGUCUGACGGGAGACUCGGGGACCAAUGAGUUUAAAUUUCUGAAGCCAAUUAUCCCCAGCCUUCCAGUCCCUGACACUGGUAGGAAUAUAGGGGGAAAUGAGAACUUUAGGAAUAGCUUUGGAUUCAACAUUCAAUAAAAUUACUUUAAACUUUGAAUCUUUUGUUAUUCUUGACAAUCUGUGGAUACUUUUUGCCAGUCUAUAAUGAAUAUUAGGCUGUACUAUAGUUGCAUGCACUAUCACUUCUUGCGCUCUCCUUAUAGUUGCUUUGAAAAUCUUUAUUAGUGGUCAUAAUGAAAUGGAAAUAUAAUCUGUGUUUUCUGUUUUUUUACACUUAUUUGGUCAUAAAUGUUAUAUUAACAGAGUUAUUAGUAAUUUUUUGUUUUGAUAAUGGUGUUAUUUUGCGAGAUAAUGUUACUAAUUAUUUGGAGGUACAAACUGAUGUAUUAAGAGUGAAUGCCCCUAUAUAUGUGAUUGACUACUAGACAUUACAUUAAAUCAUAAAGAAAAAAUAAAAAGUGCUGUUGGAUCUGGGUGGAAGCAUAUUGGAUUUUAUUGCACUAUUCACUUUGCAAAGUUUCAUCAUAAAGUUUAAAAAAUGAUACUCCUCCAUAUUCAGUACCUAGGGUACCUUAUUUGCUUGCUUUUUGUAGUGUUUUUCAAGAAUUCACUUUAUGACAAAAUAAAAGUGACCACAUUGAAAAUUA